AUGGCGAAGGUAUCAACGCCUUUCGUAUCGACGUUGCAGUCCGCACCACACGAAUUCCUCCAACCCUCCCUGCCACUCUACACCGACGCCAUCGCAUAUCUCAAAAACUUCCUCGAUCCACUCGCGAAAGAUGUCAGUGCCGAACAACAACAACGACUGAAAGAGUCGCGGAAGAAGAGGAAGCGAGGAGAUAUCGGUGGAGAUGAAGAUGUCUUGCGCUUGAAGCAAUUACAUACAGAUGGAUUUGCGGUGGAGCAGGUCUGGGAACAGGCGAGGAGGGUGAUUGAUGCUGCGAGAGAGGAGGCGGAGAGGGAGCUUGAGACGUUGGAGGUUGAGAGCGAGAGUGAUGGAGAGGAUGAUGUGGUGACAAAUGGCAAGAAGGUUAAAUUCGCGGACGAAGAGUCUGCUGAGGAGGAGGAUGACGAGGAUCUGGGUGUGGAAGGCGUGGACUAUGAGAUUGAGGGUGUGGAUGAUGGCGAUGAGGUCUACGACGAGGAUGAGGAUAGUGAUGAGGAUGCGCUGGAUGGCGAGGACGAGGAGAUGCACGACGACUUUGACGACAUGGAGGAGGAGGAAGACUUCGACGAUGAAGAACCCGCAGCGGAACUGGUCACGGAUAAAUUCGGCCUCAACGACGGCUUCUUCUCCAUCGACGACUUCAACAAGCAAUCUGAGUUCCUCGAACAGCAAGACGCGCAAGGCGACAACGAUGGAGCCGCUAGUGAUGAAGAAGACGUCGACUGGGAUGCUGAUCCACUCGGACAAGGCGCAUCAGCCGCACUGACGAAUGGCUCUGCAUCGAAAGCGGGCGCCGAGGACUCGGCAGAAGAAGACGACGAAGACGGCCCAACAUUCGGCGACCCAGACGCUCUCAGCGAGGACGACGCCUCAGACCUUGACGGAGGCGAAAUGGACGGCCUCGGAAGCAUGGGCAAUACCAACGAAGUCAUGUACAAAGACUUCUUCGCACCACCCGCGCAGAAGAAAAAGAAGGCCAACAAAAAGGGCAGACCUCAUCCUCACAAUUUUCCCUCUAAGGCACCGAUCGAAGCAGAUGAUGGUCAAGACCUCACCCGCACAAUGGAAGCCGUCCACCGCGACCUCUUCGAAGACGAAGCUUCUGAAGAAGAACCCGACGAAGAAGACGCCCAACAAAUCGACCCCUCUAACCCCCUGAACCGCCGCUCCGCUCACGAACGCCGCCGUGCCGCCCUCGCCGAAGAAAUCCGCAAACUCGAAGCCGCCAACGUCGCCAAACGCGAAUGGACUCUCAGUGGAGAAGCCCGCGCCGCCGACCGUCCCGUCAACUCCCUCCUCGAACAAGACCUGGACUUCGAACGCACAGGGAAACCCAUCCCCGUCAUCACCGCCGAAAUCUCGGAAUCCAUCGAAGAACUCAUCAAACGCCGCAUCCUCGCCUUCGACUUCCAGGACAUUCCCCGUCGUCGACCAGACGACCUCGCCACAGGUGACGGCACGCGCAGGGGAAGACAAAAAUUCGAACUCGACGACUCGAAGAGCAAAAAAGGUCUCGCGGAGGAGUACGAAGAAGAACAUCUCCGCCUCACCGAUCCGAAUUACACUUCCGCCGCAGACGACAAAACCGCGAAAGAAGAGAAAGAAAUCACCGCUCUCUGGCGGGAAGUCUCCUCUCAACUAGACAGCUUAUCAUCCUGGUCCUUCCGCCCCAAAGCCCCCGCUCCAACCCUCGACAUCCGCGUCGACGCACCCGUCGUCACGCUCGAAGACGCGCGGCCAAGUGCAGGUGGCGACGUCGCGGGCGCCAGCCAACUCGCGCCGCAGGAAGUUUACCGUGCGGGUGAGGGGGUGAAGAAUGAGAGGGGAGAGGUGGUUGGUAAGUCGGGACUACCGGCUGGGAGGGAGGAACUAUCUCGCGACGAGAGGAAGAGGAGAAGGAGGAGGGAGAAGGAGAGGGGGAGGAAGGCGUUGGGUAAUGUUGGUAAGGACGGGGAAAGUGGAGAGGGCAAGGGGAAGAAGGAGAGGAAGGAGGUCGUGGGUGAGUUGAAGAGGGGUGGGGUGAAAGUUAUUGGGAAGAAGGGCGAGAUGAGGGAUGUGGAAGGACGAGAGGUGAGGGAGAGUGGGAAGGGGCAGGGGGCGGCAAGGUUUAUGUUGUAG